AUGGCACCUGAUGGGCUGUCUAUACUUUCAGAGCCGGUCAAGCGACGCUUCCCCAAAGACGACACUUGGAUUCCAUGGGACGAUCCAAUUGCCUACUCAUACUCCAGCACCGUUGCAGAAAUUAUACAAGAAAUCCUUCAAAGGCAUGCCUCGGGAAUUUGCUUCAGAGAACACAAUGCAGGACCAAAUCUUGACAUGCAAAUGAGCGAUGAAGGCUUCCAGAUUGAUAUCAAAGUGGAUUGGAAUACUGGUCUUAUUCAUGGCGGAAACGCCCACAAUUGCGGCACUUGGAUGGAUAAGAUGGGCGAAUCAGUGAAAGCAGGAACUAAGGGGCGACCCGGGACUCCUCGUGAUGGUGCUCCUGUUGAAAUUACUGGAUUACUAAAAAGUACUCUCCGUUGGCUCGCCAAGCUUUCGUAUGAGAAUCAAUUCCCAUUCACAGGUGUUACUGCCCAAAUUGAUGGCAAAGAGCAGUUGAUUACAUACCAAGAAUGGGGCAAUCUUUUGCAGGCAUCUUUUGAACAAAACUACUACGUUCCGCUUGACCCGGCGGAAGAUGCUGCAUACAAUGUCAACCCAGCCAUUGUCAAUCGGCGAGGCAUCUAUAAGGAUGUAUACGGCUCGGGACAAGGACGCGAGUGGUCUGACUAUCAACUUCGGUCCAAUUUCCCGAUCGCAAUGGCUGUUGCACCAGAGCUAUUCGAUCCGGGCCAUGCUCUCACCGCCUUAGAGGUAGCAGAUAAGCACUUGAGGGCACCGUUGGGCAUGAAGACAUUGGAUCCAGCUGACCAACAAUAUCGUGGAAAUUAUGACAAUUCCAAUGAUUCUGACGAUCCCCAUGUCGCCAAAGGGUUGAAUUACCACCAGGUUUUACUCCCGUCUAGGCAUCAUAUUCGGGCGGAUCCUUGGGCCGGACUGCCAGAGCUCACAAACGAGAAUGGUGCUUAUUGCCACGAUUCAUGCCGCACCCAGGCAUGGAGUAACAGCACAUUGCUGGACUUCCUUCACGAUGUGCAUCAUCUUAUGUCUACCGUUGAUUACCCAAGUAAUGUUCGAUAUCGCAUGUCCAUUCCGAAAGCUGUGAAACGGGCCCUUCUCUGUGCUUGCACAACUGUGUCCGCAUCCUUUCCGCUUGAAGCACCAAAAUAUCCGAUGCAGAGAACUCUCCGUAUAAAUCAAAUACGGGAAGGUUGUCUAGAUCUGGAAGUUGCUGCUCAGGCAGUUCUAGUAAUAAGGAAGAUGAGCUUGGUGGUUGGUGGAGAAAGAUGUAAAGUUGCCGUAGUUUGGGUAUACCAUGACGUAUCCUCGAAGCCAAACCAGUUCGAUGAAGAACCUUUUCCAGCUGUUUUUCCAUCUAUUAGAUCGGACUUUCGCUACUAUUUCUUCG